AGGACACCAAAGAAAGGAAGAAGGAGCAGCAGAGAGGCCGGGGGAGAGGAAGGGUUCCCUGCAGUCCGUGUUCUCCCCUGGGGUUAGAUUCUGCAGGGGCACUGGGCGGGUAUGAUCCGCUGUCAAGGUCGCAGGCCUCUUAUGUAAAGAGCUGAAGGGGAAAUAAAAUAUACAGGAUGAAAAGAUGGCAACAUUGCCACCCCCAGGACCUCAGAGCUUUGUCUACUUCACAAAACAAUCCCUUGCCCUCAUUGAGCAACGCAUUGCUGAAGAAAAAGCAAAGGAACCCAAAGAAGAAAAGAAAGAUGAGGAGGAGGAUGGCCCCAAACCCAGCAGUGACUUGGAAGCUGGCAAGCAGCUGCCCUUCAUCUACGGAGACAUUCCUCCUGGCAUGGUGUCGGAGCCCCUGGAGGACCUGGACCCAUAUUAUGCAGACAAAAAGACUUUUAUAGUACUGAACAAAGGGAAAGCAAUCUUCCGUUUCAAUGCCACACCUGCUUUGUACAUACUGUCUCCUUUCAGUCGUCUGAGAAGAAUAUCUAUUAAGAUUUUAGUACACUCCUUAUUCAGCAUGCUUAUCAUGUGCACAAUUCUGACAAACUGCAUAUUUAUGACCAUGAGUAGUCCUCCAGAUUGGACCAAAAAUGUAGAGUACACUUUUACUGGAAUAUAUACUUUUGAAUCACUUGUAAAAAUCCUUGCAAGAGGCUUCUGUGUAGGAGAAUUCACUUUCCUUCGAGACCCAUGGAACUGGCUGGAUUUUAUUGUCAUUAUUUUUGCGUAUUUAACAGAAUUUGUAAACCUAGGCAAUGUUUCAGCUCUUCGAACUUUCAGAGUAUUGAGAGCUUUGAAAACUAUUUCUGUAAUCCCAGGCCUGAAGACCAUCGUGGGGGCCCUGAUCCAGUCUGUGAAGAAGCUGUCAGAUGUCAUGAUCCUGACUGUGUUCUGCCUUAGUGUGUUUGCUCUGAUAGGCCUACAGCUCUUCAUGGGCAAUCUGAGGAAUAAAUGUUUCCGGACCCAACUUGAAAACAAUGAAACAUUAGAAAGCAUAAUGAAAACAUAUGAGAAUGAAGAAGACUUGAAAAAAUAUUUUUAUUACUUGGAGGGAUCCAAAGAUGCUCUCCUUUGUGGUUUCAGCACAGAUUCAGGUCAGUGUCCAGAAGGGUACUACUGUGUGAAGGCUGGCAGAAACCCUGAUUAUGGCUACACAAGCUUUGACACUUUCAGUUGGGCCUUCUUAGCCUUAUUUCGGCUCAUGACCCAGGAUUACUGGGAAAACCUUUACCAACAGACACUGCGUGCUGCUGGCAAAACCUACAUGAUCUUCUUUGUUGUGGUGAUUUUCCUGGGCUCCUUUUAUCUAAUAAACUUGAUCCUGGCUGUGGUUGCCAUGGCCUAUGAAGAACAGAACCAAGCAAACAUCGAAGAAGCAAAACAAAAAGAGUUAGAAUUUCAACAGAUGUUAGAUCGCCUCAAAAAAGAGCAAGAAGAAGCUGAGGCAAUUGCAGUGGCAGCAGCUGAAUACACAAGUAUUGGGCGAAGCAGAAUCAUGGGACUCUCAGAGAGUUCUUCUGAAACAUCCAGACUGAGUUCAAAAAGUGCUAAAGAGAGAAGAAACAGAAGAAAGAAAAAGAACCAAAAGAAGCUUUCCAGUGGGGAGGAAAAAGGAGAUGAUGAGAAAUUGUCCAAAUCAGGAUCAGAGGAGAGCAUCAGAAGGAAAAGUGUCCACCUUGGUGUGGACGGGCAUAGACGGGCACGUGAGAAGAGAUUGUCCACCCCUAAUCAGUCACCACUCAGCAUUCGUGGCUCCUUGUUUUCUGGAAGGCGCAGCAGCAGAACAAGUCUUUUCAGUUUCAAGGGUCGAGGAAAAGAUAUAGGAUCUGAGACUGAAUUUGCUGACGAUGAGCACAGCAUUUUUGGAGACAACGAGAGCAGACGGGGCUCACUGUUCGUGCCCCACAGGCCCCAGGAGCGACGCAGCAGUAACAUCAGCCAAGCCAGUAGGUCCCCCCCAGUGCUGCCGGUGAACGGGAAGAUGCACAGUGCCGUGGACUGCAAUGGUGUGGUUUCCCUGGUUGAUGGACCCUCAGCCCUCAUGCUCCCCAAUGGACAGCUUCUGCCAGAGGUGAUAAUAGAUAAGGCAACUUCUGACGACAGCGGUACAACUAAUCAAAUACACAAAAAAAGACGUUCCAGUUCAUAUUUCCUUUCAGAGGAUAUGCUAAAUGAUCCCCAUCUAAGACAAAGAGCAAUGAGUAGAGCAAGCAUAUUGACCAACACUGUAGAAGAACUUGAAGAGUCCAGACAGAAAUGUCCACCUUGGUGGUACAGAUUUGCGCACACAUUUUUGAUCUGGAAUUGCUCUCCCUAUUGGAUAAAAUUCAAAAAGUUUAUCUAUUUUAUUGUAAUGGAUCCUUUUGUAGAUCUUGCAAUUACCAUUUGCAUAGUUUUAAACACAUUAUUUAUGGCUAUGGAGCACCACCCAAUGACUGAAGAAUUCAAAAAUGUGCUCACUGUAGGAAAUUUGGUCUUCACUGGAAUUUUUGCAGCUGAAAUGGUUUUAAAACUAAUUGCCAUGGAUCCAUAUGAGUAUUUCCAAGUAGGCUGGAAUAUUUUUGACAGUCUUAUUGUGACUUUAAGUUUGGUAGAGCUUUUUCUAUCAGAUGUGGAAGGAUUAUCAGUUCUACGAUCAUUCAGACUGCUCCGUGUCUUCAAGCUGGCAAAAUCCUGGCCCACACUGAAUAUGUUAAUAAAGAUCAUUGGCAAUUCCGUGGGGGCGCUGGGAAACCUCACCUUGGUGUUGGCCAUCAUCGUCUUCAUUUUUGCCGUGGUUGGCAUGCAGCUCUUUGGUAAGAGCUACAAAGAAUGUGUCUGCAAGAUCAAUGAAGACUGCACGCUCCCACGCUGGCACAUGAAUGACUUCUUCCACUCCUUCCUGAUCGUGUUCCGCGUGCUGUGUGGAGAGUGGAUAGAGACCAUGUGGGAUUGUAUGGAGGUCGCUGGUCAAGCCAUGUGCCUUAUUGUUUACAUGAUGGUCAUGGUAAUUGGAAACCUAGUGGUUCUGAACCUAUUUCUGGCUUUAUUAUUGAGUUCAUUUAGUUCUGACAAUCUUACAGCAAUUGAAGAAGACACUGAUGCUAACAACCUCCAGAUUGCUGUGGCCAGAAUUAAAAAGGGAAUAAAUUACGUGAAACAGACCUUGCGUGAACUCAUUUUAAAAGCAUUUUCCAAAAAACCAAAGUUGUCCAGGGAGAUAAGACGAGCCGAAGAUCUAAAUGGCAAAAAAGAAAACUAUAUCUCAAACCGUACACUUGCUGAAAUGAAUAAAGAUCACCUCUUCCACAAGGGAAAAGAUAAAACCAGUGGUUUUGGAAGCAGCAUGGACAAAAACUUGAUGGAAGGAAGUGAUUGUCAGUCAUUUAUUCAUAACCCCAGCCUCACAGUGACAGUGCCAAUUGCACCGGGGGAAUCUGAUUUGGAAAAUAUGAAUACUGAGGAACUUAGCAGUGAUUCGGAGAGUGACUACAGCAAAGAGAGAUUAAACCGAUCGAGUUCCUCUGAGUGCAGCACAGUUGAUAACCCUCUGCCAGGAGAAGAAGAAGCUGAGGCCGAACCUGUGAAUUCAGAUGAGCCAGAAGCCUGUUUUACAGAUGGUUGUGUUCGGAGAUUCCCAUGCUGCCAAGUUAACACAGAGUCAGGGAAAGGAAAAAUCUGGUGGAACAUCAGGAAAACCUGCUAUCGAAUAGUUGAACAUAGUUGGUUUGAAAGCUUCAUUGUUCUUAUGAUCCUGCUCAGCAGUGGAGCUCUGGCUUUUGAAGAUAUAUAUAUUGAAAAGAAAAAGACCAUUAAGAUUAUUCUGGAGUAUGCGGACAAGAUAUUCACCUACAUCUUCAUUCUGGAAAUGCUUCUAAAAUGGGUGGCAUAUGGUUAUAAGACAUAUUUCACCAAUGCCUGGUGUUGGCUGGAUUUCUUAAUUGUUGAUGUUUCUUUGGUUACUUUAGUUGCAAAUACUCUUGGCUACUCAGAUCUCGGCCCCAUUAAAUCUCUUCGGACACUGAGAGCUUUAAGACCUCUAAGAGCCUUAUCGAGGUUUGAAGGAAUGAGGGUGGUUGUGAAUGCACUCAUCGGAGCAAUUCCUUCCAUCAUGAACGUGCUUCUUGUGUGCCUUAUCUUCUGGCUGAUAUUUAGCAUCAUGGGAGUAAAUUUGUUUGCUGGCAAGUUCUACGAGUGUGUUAACACUACAGAUGGGACACGGUUUCCUCAAACCCAAGUCGAAAAUCGUUCUGAGUGUGUUGCCCUGAUGAAUAGUAGCACAAACGUGAGGUGGAAAAACCUGAAAGUGAACUUUGACAAUGUUGGGCUUGGGUACCUGUCUCUGCUUCAAGUUGCCACAUUCAAGGGAUGGAUGGAUAUCAUGUAUGCAGCAGUCGAUUCUGUCGAUGUAAACAAGCAGCCCAAAUAUGAAUACAACCUCUACAUGUAUAUGUAUUUUGUCAUUUUUAUCAUCUUUGGGUCAUUCUUCACUUUGAACUUGUUCAUUGGUGUCAUCAUAGAUAAUUUCAACCAACAGAAAAAGAAGCUUGGAGGUCAAGACAUCUUUAUGACAGAAGAACAGAAGAAAUACUACAAUGCAAUGAAAAAGCUGGGGUCCAAGAAACCACAAAAGCCAAUUCCUCGCCCAGGGAACAAAUUCCAAGGAUGUAUAUUUGACCUAGUAACAAACCAAGUUUUUGAUAUCACUAUCAUGGUUCUGAUCUGCCUUAACAUGGUAACCAUGAUGGUAGAAAAAGAGGGACAAAGUGAUUACAUGAUUGAUGUUUUAUAUUGGAUAAAUGUGGUUUUUAUUAUCCUUUUCACUGGAGAAUGUGUGCUCAAGCUGAUCUCCCUCAGACAUUACUACUUCACUGUAGGAUGGAACAUUUUUGAUUUUGUGGUUGUGAUCCUUUCCAUUGUAGGUAUGUUUCUUGCUGACCUGAUAGAAAAAUAUUUUGUCUCCCCUACCCUGUUCCGAGUGAUCCGUCUUGCCAGGAUUGGCCGAAUCCUACGUCUGAUCAAAGGGGCAAAGGGGAUCCGCACACUGCUCUUUGCUUUGAUGAUGUCCCUUCCUGCCUUGUUUAACAUUGGUCUCCUGCUCUUCCUGGUCAUGUUCAUCUAUGCCAUCUUUGGAAUGUCCAACUUCGCCUAUGUUAAGAAGGAAGCAGGAAUUAAUGACAUGUUCAACUUUGAGACCUUUGGUAACAGCAUGAUCUGUCUGUUCCAAAUCACCACCUCUGCUGGCUGGGAUGGAUUGCUGGCACCUAUUCUCAACAGUGCCCCGCCUGACUGUGAUCCCAAAAAAGUUCAUCCAGGAAGUUCAGUUGAAGGAGAUUGUGGGAACCCCUCUGUUGGGAUUUUCUAUUUUGUCAGUUACAUCAUCAUAUCCUUUCUGGUCGUGGUGAACAUGUAUAUUGCUGUCAUCCUGGAAAACUUCAGUGUUGCUACUGAAGAAAGUACUGAGCCCCUGAGUGAGGAUGACUUUGAGAUGUUCUAUGAGGUUUGGGAGAAGUUUGAUCCUGAUGCAACCCAGUUUAUAGAAUAUAGCAAACUCUCUGAUUUUGCAGCUGCCCUGGAUCCUCCUCUUCUCAUAGCAAAACCAAACAAAGUCCAACUCAUUGCUAUGGACCUGCCAAUGGUCAGUGGAGACCGGAUCCACUGUCUUGACAUUUUAUUUGCUUUUACAAAGCGUGUUUUGGGUGAAAGUGGAGAGAUGGAUUCUCUUCGUUCACAGAUGGAAGAAAGGUUCAUGUCUGCAAAUCCUUCUAAAGUAUCCUAUGAACCCAUCACAACUACACUGAAACGAAAACAAGAGGAUGUAUCUGCUACUAUCAUUCAGCGUGCUUAUAGACGUUACCGCUUACGGCAAAAUGUCAAAAAUAUAUCAAGCAUAUAUAUAAAAGAUGGAGACAGAGAUGAUGACUUGCCCAAUAAAGAAGAUAUAGUUUUUGGUAAUGUUAAUGAGAACUCAAGUCCAGAAAAAACAGAUGCAACCCCAUCCACCAUCUCCCCACCUUCAUAUGAUAGUGUAACAAAACCAGACAAAGAGAAAUAUGAAACAGACAACACAGAAAAGGAAGACAAAGGGAAAGAUGGCAAGGAAAGCAAAAAAUAGAGCUUCGUUUAGACAUAUUGUUUACAACCUGUGAAGGUGAUUUAAUUGUGUCAAUAAGACUCUUUUAAGGAGGUGUAUGCCAAACUCUUUUUAUCAAAACAUUCUCAAAGGCAGUCCAGUAACUAGCUCUGAUUUGCUAAAAUAGGUGGGCAGCAUGAGCAGAUGACUAUUUUUGCAUCGGUAAAUGGUUCUGCAAGAAUUGUAUCAGUAACUCUAUAGGGAUUCAUCAUUAUAGCAAACAGGUGAUUUAAUUUUUUUAACGUAUCAGAAGACCAUAUAGAAAAUUUUCACAUCUGCCUACUUAACUUCUCACUAGAUCAUGAUUACAACCGCCCCUCAUACACGUGCACACAAAUGCAAACACAAAUAGGAAAAUAUCUAUUAUUUAGGUAUCAAUAAAAAUAUUUUGUCUUGACUUUGGAAUGAAGUUCCUGAUAGAAGUAAUGGACAUCAGGAAUGAAUGUUUAGUUAAAACAUCUUCUUAGGGAGCUAGAAUCUUUUUUUCAUAUACAGAGAUCAUUCUGUUUUGAGGUGCUCGAGUUCAUUCUACAUUGCUUCACAACCAAUUUAUACGUGCCUAUAAAAUGCCAUGGAUUAAAAACACACGUCGGCUCUUCAUUUCUACAAAAACUUGUUAUUUACCUGAAGUUACAUUUAUCCUGAUUCAGAGACUUAGCUUUAGAGUACUGAGUUUCAUAGCCCCUCUUUCGUUGUGUUGUGCUGUGGAUGGGAUCUCAAUAUGUUGCCCACUACGUUGAACUCCUGGACUCAAGCUGUCCCCUCCGUCCCAGGAGUAGCUAGAACUAAGUAGUACCACACCACCACACGUGGUCAGCCUGUCUUUUUAUCUCUCACUUUGUUCAUACAGUAACCAUAGAACUUGAAAUUUCAUUCUCAGUAUCUAUCACAUUUCUCAAAAGAAAAAAAUGAAGGUAAUUAAGGGAAAAAGUAAUUGACAAAUAUCUACUGUUAUUUACACAAUCUAGCACUGGUCUGUGCUGCUCAACCAUACAAAUAAUGGCCCAACUCAAUCCCUUUUGUCACAUUUAUCUUCUCUCUUAUGCAUUUUUGUUUAGUCAUCCUUUAACUUUAAGCAAAUUUGAUGUUUGUUUUCAAUGAAAUGCUUCCCAAUAUGCAAUUAUCUAUUUGAUACCAGAGUAUGGGUCUGAGCAGAUAAUGACUUGAGCACAGUAUUUCCUGCAUCACUUAUAUACUAUCCGAAAUGUGUUUGGCAAGCUUUCAAGUUAUCUUGUAUAGUAGCCUUUUAACACCUGCUUGCCAGGUGUUUACUGUGAAUGAAGUUGCAUUCAAAAAGUAGGACUCAUCAACUUGUUCUCUUGCCUCUAACUUACUUUCUUACAUUUUAGAAGUAAUCAGUUUGGACCUCUUUACUUUCAUCUACAAAAUAAUGAGGAUGUCACUUUCUUCUCAAUAUUCUUUGAUAUGAAGUACACUUUGCAUUAAGAAAUAGUAAUUCAGACUUAUGAUUUCAAAAGCAUAUGUUUAUUUUGCUCUAGCUGUUAUCAUCCUACGAAGGAUGAGAUAUCUAGUUUUUAAAAAAUGCUCUUGUCAAAUAGUAAAAAACAUUUAAUGGCCAUGGUGCAUUUUCUCAAGAAUUUAUUCCAGAAACAUGAAAUCUUUCUUCUGUCAAGUUAUCCAAAAUUAGGCAAAGGUUGAGGCACAUAAGUAGAAAAGUGGUUUCAUUUAGAGGAUUUUUCAGGAAGACAUUGAAGCAAAUAUGUAAAACAUACUUCAUAAAUUUACAUUUACAUUUUUAAAAAUAACAAAUUAUAUCUAUGUAAGUCAUUAAAACACAUUUUUGUUGUUCCAUCCAGUUUUUUUUUUUUUAAGGGAUAUUUAAUCAUACCUGUAGAGGUGAAGAGACAUGGAUAGAGAAUGAGAGAUGGAGAGGAGAGACUAAGAAAGACAGUCACAAGAGUCAAAUUAAAAACUAAGAGACAUUUUCAUGGAACUUGAUUUCUAGAAUGUUUUUAAAUUGUGAUGUAUUUUACAAUACCCAUACAAGAGAUUGUCACUUCUGGACAUUUGUAUCUAUGAAAUUAAAUCUAGGGCCAAAGAUUCUUUACAACUAUAUUUAUUCAUUCAUCUUAGGUUAUUUAAAUUGCUUUUAAUUUAAUAUGAAAGGCGCCAUGCAGUGUUUCACUAGACUAUAUGAAGCAUUGCAUUACAUACCUGCUAAGCCCAUUGAAAAUAGAUUUUUGACAAGUUAAUUAGGGAACCAUACAAAAGAAAUUACAUUUAUAAGAUUUUUAAAUACAUUCUAUUAAAAAAUUAAUAUCACCUCAAAUAUGGAUUCAGUUCAUCAAUAUUUUACACCCAUAUAAACAUAAUAGUAUUGUGAAUUUUUAUAUGAUAUAGCAUGAAAAGAUGUUUGCUGGGCAGGUUUAUCUGUGAUUUAUUAUUAACGUUUUUACAUUGCCUGAUUUUUAUGUAAAAUAAAAAAUAUUGCAACUGGAUCUUCACAAUUUUUUCUUAGUAUUUCAAAAAACUAAUUACAAAAUUGUUCUUUUUUCUAUUUCAUUCUGAACUAUAAUUUUUAAGAAGUAUAUAACAUCGUUAGAUUUUAUACAUAUAUACUUGUCCCAGAAAUGACUACUUGUGAUAUUUUAUCAAUUAAAGAUAAUAUCUGGCACUAAGAACUCAUUAAGUAAAGCUUGAAGUAAAAAACUUCUCCUUUCAUGUAGAUUACUGUUUGUACUAAUUACAAAAUACUGCCCUUCUGAAGGCACUGUCGUACUACCACAUAAAUUAUAUAUUCAUUGGACUUAAUGAUACAGAAUCGCAGUUCAAAUGAAAAUUUAAAAUUAGACAAAAUAGAAACAAGCAGAUUUGAACACAAAUCCAUGCAUAGAAUUUGGAUGAAAACAGGAGAAUCUCAUUUGCCUUCUUGUCUGUUACCUAAUUUGCAAAGAUAUGUGACAUGUAGGCUGUUUCUAAAUACUUAAUUGUUGAAAAUCUCAACCUAAAAUGUUUAGCUGGAUUUUAUAGAAUUUUGAUAGCUUUAUUAAGAAGACUAAAAAUAAAAUGCAUAUAUAAAUAAAGCACUCUGUAAUAGCAAUUUCAGAGAAAUGUUAAUGGAAGUAAUGAAAACAGGUUCAGCUAAAGUAGGAUGGUCAUGUAAUUGGACCAGGUUUAGGGACCUAUGAAUACAGGCCACCAAUUUUUUAAAUAUCUAUGGUUUGUUAUGUUACUAUAUUCUUGAAGAAAACAGUCAAGAAUUGCUUCAUGAAAAUAAGUGAAUAGCCUCAAAUAUAAUAAUGCUGUUUACAUAGGGUUCUUCACAAAUUUCAUAGAUACCUAUGAAUGCUCAAAAUGUUUAAGUUUGUCAUAAAUUAUAUUGUA